AAAAACCCGGAAACGAUGAUUGCGAUGACGGCGAAGAGAUUGCUUCAUCGGAAUCUCCCCAGAACAACACCUCUCCCUCCCUUCACACAUUCCUCUCUCUUAACCCGAGCAUUCUCCACCGUGAUUGAUCUCCGAGAGAGACUAACCAAAACCCACCUCCGCAACAUCAACCUCGACGACGCAAUCGAUUUAUUCAACCACAUGGUUAAAUCCCCUCCUUUCCCUUCAACCCUCGAUUUCAACAGACUGUUAAACGCCGUCGUGAAGCUAAAAAAGUACGAUCUCGUCAUCUCUCUGGGGAGAAAGAUGGAGACUUUAGGGAUUCGAAACGAUCUCUACACUUUUAAUAUCUUGAUUAACUGUUUAUGUAGCUGUUUUCAGCUCUCUCUCGCUUUAUCUCUUCUCGGGAAGAUGUUGAAGCUUGGGUUUGUGCCGGAUAAGGUCACGCUUGGGUCUCUUGUUAAUGGGUUCUGUCGGAAGAACAGGGUUAAUGAAGCUGUGUCGUUUAUUGAGAAGGUUGUUGAGUUAGGGUAUGGAGUUGACAUUGUUGCUUACAACACGGUUAUUGAUGGUUUGUGCAAGAGGAGACGAGCUAAUGAAGCUUUGUGUUUCUUCAAGGGGGUUGUUGAGAGGAGAGGUGUUAGACCUAAUGUUGUUACUUAUACUUGUUUGGUUAAGGGUCUUUGUAAUUCUGGUAGAUGGGGUGAUGCCGCUAGGUUGUUGAGUGAGAUGAUUAAGAGGAAGGUUAGUCCUAAUGUGGUUACUUAUAGUGCGUUGGUUGAUGCGUUUGUGAAGAACGGCAAGGUUUUGGAGGCUAAGGAGUUGUUUGAGGAGAUGAUAAGGAUGUGUAUAGAUCCUGAUGUUGUUACUUAUAGUUCGUUGAUAAAUGGGCUUUGUAUGCAGGAUCGGAUAGAUGAGGCUAGUGAGAUGUUUGAUUUGAUGGUAAGGAAAGGUUGUUUCCCUGAUGUGGUGAGUUACAACACUCUUAUUAAUGGGUUUUGUAAGUCAAGGAGAGUAGAGGAUGGGAUGAGACUCUUCCGUGACAUGUCACAAAGGGGGUUAGUUAGUAGUACAGUCACUUACAACACUCUUAUCCAAGGGUUUUUUCAAGCAGGAGAUGUUGAUAUGGCUCAGGAGUUUUUUAGUAAGAUGGAUUCUUUUGGUGUAUCGCCCGAUAUGUGGACGUAUAACAUUUUGUUAGGUGGUCUUUGUGACAACGGGGAGCUAGAGAAAGCGUUGGAGAUAUUUGAAGAUAUGCAAAAGAGAGAAAUGGAUCUUGAUAUUGUCACGUAUACUAUAAUUAUCCGAGGGAUGUGCGAGACUGGUAAGGUUGAAGACGCUUGGGGUUUAUUUUGUAGCCUCAGACUCAAAGGAGUGAAGCCUGAUGUUGUAACGUACACUACAAUGAUGUCAGGCUUGUGUAGGAAAGGCCUACACUGUGAAAUAGAUGAAUUGUAUACAAAGAUGAAAGGAGAUGGGCUUAUGCUCAAUGAUGGUACGCUAUGUAUUAGAGAUGGUGACAUAACCGUAUCAGCUGAGCUUAUUAAAGAAAUGUUGAGCCGUGGCUAUGCGCCAUCCGGGAGAUGCAAAAAUGCUGUUUCUCUCUUAUAGUUGUUUUGUCUUGCAAAUUCAUCUGUUUCAGUGGUCAUGGGAUCACUGGCACUUUGGUAUGUCUCGAAUUCGAAAUUUUGAGUAGAGAGAUACCUCAUUUGCUUCAUCCCAGCAUUGAGAAUGGCGAAUGGAUACAGGCUUUUUUCACGUAUCCCUCACUCCAAGCUAAAGAUUCUGCAUAUCAUAGGGAUCCGCCAGAAGGUUUUGCGCUCUGCCAUCAUCAUCAUCAUCAUAAUCAGCGCUAAUAUGUUGCUGAUAAGCUUUCUUCAUCAACCUCCUUAUGAUCUCGACACUUGAGGUAACUCAGGAACAGAGGAAUGUAUGAAAAAAGAGACGUAUUUGACUGUCCGGCAUGAAGAAGGGUGAGCAUCGAUCACAUAAGAAAUGCAAGGAACUCUACGAGCACAAAGGCAAGAGGUUAGAAGCUAUGAGUUUGUAAAUAUUUUUUAACGAAAACUCACAUAGGCAAAAUAUGGUCCUCGUGUAUUCUAUUUAUGCAAACAGUGACUUUUUAGGAUGGACCCCAUUCACUAAAACAAAGAUUCUCUCUUGCAAGGGAAGUCUUAUCUUUUGUUCUUUCCUAAUAAUUAGAUUUUUAUAUUAAUGUUGGUUCGAUUUGAACAUUUUGUAAUACUAUAUUCUUUAUCGAUUGUAAAAUAAUGGAUACAAAU